CAGUUUCGUUAGGCUGAAACAACAUUUGGCGGCGACUGAAUCGUCGCGAUGGGGAUGGUUGAGGUCAUAUUGAGGCUGCUGUGUCUCGCCUGUUUCUUAUCUGGAGCAACGCCUACAAAGACAUAUCGGUUGGCUAGCAGUGCGCUGCAAAUAUCGCCAAGUGUCGGCACGUUUCCAGUGCUGCCUUCGGUGCUGGUACAAGGCGAAACGUUGGCGUCACUUGUGGUGUCGCUCACCACAUCGGCAACGAUCUCAGUGGUGGCCAACGUGAACGCCAACCAUUCGUUUGUGAUAUUGCCGUCGGCUUCCCUACGAGGGUUAUCUAGCCCCCAGACGAUUUCGAUUUCGGUUCAAGGAGGGGAGAAGGACGCUACUGGCGUAUACACUAUUCGCUUCACAUCAAUGACCACCAACGAAACCCUCUACAGCUCCCAAGUCACAGUCGUGCCCCCCCCUCAAGCGUACUCUGUACAGGAGGGAGCGUGGACAGGCACCACGUUGGCCUCGGAUACGUUUGAUGCAUUACCCUUUGGAGCGAUUCCCAAUGCAUCCACGUCAAUUUGGACGGCUAUUGAGCACGGGUUUGCUAGUGAUACCUGUGGAAAGGUCGGCUCCACGGGCAAUGCAUUGUACUUUACCCACUUGGGCAAUCGAAUGGCAUCCACAACCCCGUUCGACUUGAGAGGCAUCGACGCGCAGUUGUCGUUUGCGUACAUUUAUGGCCAUCUCCCCAACGAAUCGUACGACGGGUAUGGCAACAACACGUUGUCUUGUGAACAGGUGCAGCCAGGCGCGGAAGUCAGCGUUGAAAUCAGCCGCGACAACGGAACCACAUGGCAGCGUCUCGUGACUAUCCCCCUAUCGUCGCCCCCCGUGACAAUCAUGCAAACGACAUUAUUGCCAUUGCCAUCCUCGUUGCCGUCCUCCUUGUUGACAAAUGGAGCGGUUUUUGGCACGCGCACCACGUCGUUUCGAUGGAUUCAGCAUGCUCACACCAGUACCCGCGUCGGGGCCAUUCAAGGAACGCGGUACCAAUGGCAAUAUCGAAACUUAUUCGACCAGUGGGCGAUCGACAAUGUGCUGCUAACUGCACGGGUGCAACCUCCCAAGUUGUUGGCUACGACAGCGACAUCUGGCCGAGACGCGUUGACUGUCCAAGUGAUCACGUCAUCGUCGAAUGGAGUGGUGCUAACGACCGUGGGGGAUGGGUCGCACGCGUUUCCAGUAUGCCCUUCGAAUGCCUCCACCGCCGUGGCAUCCAAUGCUACAGUGACGCUACGCACCACGGGUUUCAUACACGCAGUCACGUGUUGGCGGGGCAGCCAAAGCUACGGCUACCGGUCCCCUCGCCUCUACAUCCAAAGUCCCCCCCCUACAUUUCAAAUCACGACGACUGUCAACCAAACGUACGUGAUUAAUGUGACCAUGCCUCGCCCCAACAUGCAGCUCUGGUUCACAUUUGGAACGGGCAACGACAUGCCGAGCUGCACUUUUGGAUCGUAUUUGAACGUGACCAGCGGGGUCACGGCCACGAUGGACGUGGGGAGCAACGGGGUAUUGAGGGCACUGGCGUGCGGUCGAGGGCUCGUGGGGAGUGAAAUUGUGACCCUGCCGCCGUUUGUGGUGCAGCCCAAAGCCCCUGCGAUCGCACUUGUCGCGCCGGUAUCUGUUACUUCCACCGCGAUAUUCAAUAUCUCCGUCUCCACCGAUGCUGUCGACUCGACCGUGUUGGUUCGAACGUUGGUUUCCACUGACACAGACACUAGCCGCCCUCCAUCUUGCCUCACUGCCACCAACUCGACAAUGGCCGUGAGUACGUCGUUUGUAGCCAUUCAACCCAGUCAACGGGUGGUCGCCGUGGCGUGCUGCAGCUCCACGUAUUGCAACGACAGCACUCCUGUCUACUUUGGCCCGGUGGACGCCAGCUGUGCUCUGCCAUCGUUAGCCACUCGUUGCAGCACUACCACCAUGCGUACUGUCGUGGCUAUGUUGACCCCUGGCACCACCGGCGGCAUCGUCAAGUAUGCAGUGUCUGCCAGCGCCGCCUUGACUUGCUCGGAUGCGUGGCCUACGUAUAGGUCACCGCUGGCGCUAGUGCCUCCAACCUUGGCUGGUACGGCUGUCGUCGUCAAAGCCAUCACGUGCCUCGACGGGCUCCGAGCUAGCGAUCCGCUGGUUACGACCGUCGCGGUAGACAUGUGUUGUGCAGGCGCGCUGACGUUCCCAUCGUCAUCGGCUCAGCAAACGUGCAGCCAUGUGCUACUCUUUCGCGACGAUUUUAUCUCAUGCAAUUGGACCAAGUGGAUGAAAUACACGACUCAAUACGGCGGGGAUAAUAUCAACGGCGGCGUCCACAGUGACAAUGUCCAGUGCCAAGAUAACACGACCGGGUUUAACGGAGCUUCGACGUUGAGUUUGGCCAUACACGGAGAUCGAUUCACGGGGAGUACUCCCAUAGGCGUCAUGUUACAAGCUGGUGGUGGCUCGGUUACCCCGAGACUCCCCACGACCCCCCUCGAAGGCUGGAUGUUGCCUGGUGUCCACUCGUUUCCAUGCAGCAAUGCCCCGAGUGGCACCGUCACAUGUGCUGCACGUCGUGUCGGUGCAGCGGUCUCGACGGUGGACUCAUGGAACGCUGGGGUCGCGAGCUUUCAGCUUCAAACAUGCCCUUCGUUUGGGGUAGUCUCGGAGGUAUGGGCGCUCGACAUGUCUGGUGUCCAGGCGGCGGUGGCGGCGUCCCCAGCCUUGCCCUAUGCUGACCUGUGGCGGGCGUCACUAAACCAAGAACGCACGGUGCCAUACGUUCAAUUCAGCUUUGGCCCCUCGAUAACCGAUACCCAAGUGCACAGCUUUGUGUUGCAGUGGAAUCGCACCGCCGGCCGCGCGAAUGUGUACCGCGACGGCCAGCUGAUCCGGAAGCUGCGUGCUCUGCCGGCCAGUCCGGACCCUGCCCCCCUGACGUUUCACUCAUGGGUGCCCAACGCAUGGGCUGGCGAACCCCGUUUUGAUUCGUGCUCGACCCAAGUUAGCAACGUCCAAGUGGUCAAAUUGGAAACCGCCGCGAAUCGCUGGUGCGACUGGGAAGACGCUGUGGGGGGUGGGGGUGGUGUCGAGUGCGACAGUGAUGCCACGUGUAGCCAAUGGAUGACCACCGCAUGCUUGAUGCCCGUCGCGUCUGCUGUGUGUGUUAACAACACGUGUGUGUUUGGGUUACAUCCGCAGUUUGCCUCGCCUGCCGUCAAGGCGGCGUCGGCCUUUCAUAGUUUUACGUGAUAUAUGGGGCCACGCACUACUUGUACACUAGACCACUGAUAAAACCCAUCGUAAUAAUACUGUAUUACCACGAGUAGAG